GAAGACGAAACGAAGUCAAGGGUUUUUCCAAAACCCUAGUCUCAUCUUUGCCGCCAAAAUGCGGUCGUUUCAUCCUUAAAACGCAGCGUUUCAUCUCAGCUCGGAGAAGACGAUGUGCAGUCUGUGAUUUUCUGUUAAGCAGGGAAGUGACUGAGUUGAUUCUAUGCGAGGGGCUGCCUUAGCUGGGUCAUGCAGGCGAUGCUGUAAUAUAUCUAUGGGAGAAGUUCAUCCACUCCGAGGUGCCAAUGGUACUUUACCUGGUGUCAUUGUUUUUAAUAAUACACUUCAGCGUGGGCAAAGUUUGAGUUAUUGUAGGAGGCCAUUUAUUCAACUUAAGAAAAAUGGUGAAGCCAAUUGUUGUCGCUCACCUCAUCAUACGAAGCAUGCAAUUCGUUUUUCUACCUCAUCAGUUUUAAUACUCCCUCGCUAUCCCAAUUGGAUUUGUGCUGAAAGAAAAUGCUUUACAAGGGGUUUGGUUAACCUGCAGCAUCUGCAUGGCCCAGUAGAGCCAGAGGUAGGUUUUAUUCCUCCUCGUGGGGCUGUUGGUUUUGGUGCUACUUCAGGGGUGACUAGGUGCAGUAACCCUGGGAGCAUCUGGAUUGAGGAGGCCAAUAAACUGGUUGAAAUAAAAAGGCAAAUUUCACAAGAUGGCAAUGCUUAUGUAAGGUCAAGCAUAUUUACUAAGUAUCGUAGUUCAAAUUCAAAUGGUAUUACCAGAAAAGGAAAUUUGCGAAGCUCAGUAGGGCAAGGAUGUAUUGAUCAUGGCCAAUUAAAAGCUCAAACUCACGGUCCGCUAUAUAAUCCUAGUGUUCAGGGGCAAAUAUUUGCUGGGGAUAUAGGAUGUGAAACAAUGACUAAUGACUGUGCUUCAAAUGUGCUAGCUUACCCUGAAAAAAUACAGGCAGGCAACAAGCAUAUUUCCAGGAAUAAUGUAAACAGUACUGCACCUCAUCACUCAAGGAAGGUUGUUCAGUCUAAUGGGUCAUUGUCAAUGAAGCCUUUGGAGGAUAGGGAAGAGGCAAAUUUCAUAUUUUCUUGGGAUAGAGCUGCUGAUGCAAUUGAAAAUGACGAAUCCAAUGAAAGAUCCAUAAUACCUGCUAUGGGAACACAUGCUUUUUCUCAGUUGGAGGCUCGCAGGAAGCUUUCUAAGAUCUAUGAAAAAGUUCUCAUAGUUGAUGAUAUCUAUGUUGCAAAAAAAAUUGUCAGGAAGCUCACCACUCAGUACAAGCAUCUUAUCCAUGCAUGUGACACAGAGGUGGCCAACAUUGAUGUGAAGCGGGAAACACCUGUUGAUCAUGGAGAGAUAAUAUGCUUCAGUAUUUAUUCUGGACCUGAAGCAGAUUUUGGAAAUGGAAAGUCUUGUAUCUGGGUAGAUGUUCUUGAUGGUGGUGGGAGGGAUCUUUUGGUUGAAUUUGCUCCAUUUUUUGAAGACCCAUCAAUCCAAAAGGUUUGGCACAACUAUAGUUUUGACAACCAUGUUAUAGAGAACUAUGAUCUCAAAGUUUCAGGUUUUCACGCUGACACAAUGCAUAUGGCACGGUUGUGGGAUUCUUCAAGACGGGCAGUUGGUGGAUAUUCUCUUGAAGCGCUAACACGUGACUCAAAAGUCAUGUCUGGUGCUGACAUGUCUAAUGGAGAAGAAUUGAUUGGCAAAGUAUCAAUGAAAACCAUCUUUGGCAAGAAAAAACUGAAGAAGGAUGGAACUGAAGGUAAAAUUAUCACCAUUGCUCCAGUAGAAGUGCUACAAAGAGAGGAUCGGAAACCAUGGAUUAGUUACUCUGCAUUGGAUUCAAUGAGCACACUCAAGCUUUAUGAGAGCAUGAAAAACAAACUGUUGGAUAAGGAAUGGCUUCUUGAUGGGGCUCGUAAAGGAUGCAUGUUUGAUUUCUAUCAGAAAUACUGGAGGCCCUUCGGUGAGCUUCUAGUUCAAAUGGAAACUGAGGGGAUGCUGGUAGAUCGAGCCUACCUCUCUAAGGUGGAGAAAGUAGCCAAAGCAGAGGAACAGGUUGCUGCCAACAGAUUUCGCAAUUGGGCAUCUAAGCAUUGCCCUGAUGCUAAGUACAUGAAUGUGGGAAGUGAUACACAAUUGCGCCAGCUCUUAUUUGGUGGCGUUGCAAACAGAAAGGAUCCCAAUGAGUGUCUUCCAAUGGAGAAAACUUUUAAGAUUCCCAAUGUUGACAAAGUGAUUGAAGAAGGCAAAAAGGCACCCACAAAAUUUCGGAAUAUUACACUAAGUAGCUUUGAUGUUGAGAUACCAAUUGAGAUGUGCACAGCAUCUGGCUGGCCCUCAGUUAGUGGAGAUGCCUUGAAGACCCUCGCAGGGAAGGUCUCUGCAGACUUUGAUUUUAUUGAUGAUGCUGAAUGUGACUUUGAGACUACUGCCAUAGAAAAGAUUGAUGAAGUUCCUGGAACACGAGGACCAAAAGAGAGUGAGGACACAGACAUAUCUGCUUAUGGAACAGCUUAUGCUGCUUUUGGGGAGGGGCAGGAGGGGAGGAAGGCUUGCCAUGCCAUUGCUGCUUUAUGUGAAGUUUGCUCUAUUAACUCUUUGAUAUCCAAUUUCAUCCUCCCAUUGCAGGAUGGUGAAAUAUCUGGCAAGAAUGGGCGUAUUCAUUGUUCGCUUAAUAUCAACACAGAAACUGGGCGCUUGUCAGCUAGGAGACCAAAUUUGCAGAACCAACCUGCUUUAGAGAAGGACCGGUAUAAGAUCCGCCAAGCAUUUAUAGCUGCACCUGGAAACUCCCUUAUUGUUGCUGAUUACGGACAGCUGGAACUUAGGAUUCUUGCACAUCUUGCCAACUGUAAAAGCAUGUUGAAUGCUUUCAAAGCUGGUGGAGAUUUCCAUUCUAGGACUGCAAUGAAUAUGUAUCCACAUAUUCGUGAAGCUGUUGAAAAAAGAGAAGUGCUUCUUGAGUGGCAUCCUCAACCUGGUGAAGACAAACCUCCAGUUCCUCUGUUGAAGGAUGCUUUUGGUUCAGAAAGAAGGAAAGCAAAAAUGCUCAACUUUUCCAUUGCCUAUGGAAAAACUGCAGUAGGGCUUGCCCGGGAUUGGAAGGUGUCUGUGAGAGAAGCAAGGGAAACUGUUGAACGCUGGUAUAAAGAGAGGAAAGAAGUGCUUGCUUGGCAAGAAAAACGUAAAAAAGAAGCUACAACUUUAAAAUAUGUUUGCACAUUGCUAGGACGGGCCCGGUCUUUCCCUUCGGUGCAUCAUGCUACUGCUUCUCAAAGAGGCCACAUUGAGCGAGCUGCCAUAAAUACCCCAGUGCAGGGUAGUGCUGCUGAUGUUGCCAUGUGUGCCAUGUUAGAAAUAUCGAGGAAUGCACGCUUAAAGGAGCUUGGAUGGAAGCUGCUUUUACAGGUUCACGACGAAGUCAUCCUGGAGGGACCAACAGAGUCGGCUGAAGUUGCUAAGGCAAUCGUUGUGGAGUGCAUGGAAAAACCCUUUGACGGCAAGAAUAUUCUUAGUGUCGACCUUGCUGUUGAUGCUAAAUGUGCCCAGAACUGGUACUCUGCCAAGUAGAGAGGGUUCAUUGCCUGGAAAUGACCUGGGUUUUGGUUUAAGGCCCCCCCUUGCUGUUCCAAGCUUCCUCUGAACCUUGAAGAGAUAGUUCCAUCCUAGCCCCGAGUUACCUAUUACAAAGCUGUAACAACAGAAGGUUUUCGCUUGCAGAAUCAAGUUACCUGUAUGCUUUGCCAUGGUACGCUCUGACCUCGCAGUUGAUCAUAUGGAAAUCUCGAUCUGGGUUGGGGUUUGUAAAGGUCUCGAUUAGCUGUUUCUGUGGCAUUUUGUAAUCGGCAUGAUCAAAUGAGAGCAUGCAGUAUGUAUAGAUUAAGUUAUCAGUAGAUGUUCAUUUCCUGGUAACUCUUUGUAACAUGGAAUUCAGUUUUUCAAGCAAGAAAUGAAGCCUAUUUUUACAAA